CACAGGAAUAUUAUGCAGCCAUAUAAAAGAAGGCAGUCUUGCCACAUGCAACAACAUGGAUGGAACUUGAGUGCAUUAUGCUGCAUGCAAUAGGUCAGACAGAAAAAGACAAACAUUGUGUGAUCUCACCUAUAUGUGGAAUUUAAAAACAGAACCAAACCAAAGCCAAACAAAAUAAAACUGAACCCAUAGAGAUUGGUGGUUGCCAGAAGCAGAGGUGAGAGGGUGGCUGAGAUGGGUAAAGGCAGUCAAAAGCUAUCUUCCAGUUAUAAGUAAGUCCUGGGGGUGUAAUGUAUAGGAUACCCAAAAAUAGUGUUUUAUCAACCACCUCUAUGUGCUUGAAGCAGGAGGAGGGCCUCCCCUGAGAGUUCUGUCAGCCAGUUUAACCAGAAGUGUCAUGGCCUUUUUUUCUUUGCUCGUGUUUCAGAUAAACCUUGAUCCUGGAUACUAGUUGGAUUCUUUACCACUGUGCCACAACGGGAACUCCAAACUUUGAUCCUAACAGAUGAAAUUUGGAGGGUUAUUUGGUCGGCCUCUCUGGUAACGGUGUCCACUCGUGUGAGGGGUGGGUGUGUGUGGGGACGUGGGUGCACCUGGGCUGAGGAGAGCAGGUAAAGGGACCCAGGUGAAGGGAGUCUGGACGUGGAGGAAAAAGAGUCUGAGGAAGGAGUCCCAAAGGAAGACGGGGCUGGUCUCCCCAGACUACAGGUGUCAGGCUACCAAGGAAUCACCAGAGGCCAGCAGACCAGGUAGGGUCCUGCCAGCUGGUGCUCAAACUGGGCUCAGUGGAUGAUCAUACAUCGGACAAGAGAGAGAAAGGCCAGAAACGUAAACAUAGGAGGUCAAGUCAGAAGACCACGGCGAGACAGCUGUGCUUCCAGAGACCCAGAGAUGUCAUUUCCUUCCAUCCGUCCAUCUAUCCAUCCCUCCAUCCAUCUUCCCACCCACCUGCACAGAGGUAAUCCCAGCCUGCGGAGGAAGGGAGCUCAUCAAUCCCUGGCCGAGACCCAAGGGCAGCUCCAAGGCCAGGGAGGGGAAGUGACCAAGCAGAGUCAGGCAAGCUCUGGCCUAGAAGCCAAGAGCCUGGUUCUCUUAGCCCUGCCACUGACCAGCUAUGGUCGUGUGGCUUGACCAUUCUGGAUCUCAGUCUCCUCACCUGUCAAAUGGGGACAGUUGGACCAGAGGAUGGUGGGGGCUUUCCUGUUCUGACAUUCCAUGGCUGACCCUUUAGCCCCUGAUGUCACAAUAUCGAGUCGGAUCGUGAUUGGCCCCUAGCCUCACCCGGCUCUGCUGUUCUCUUGGUCAUGGGCACAAGAUGGACUUGCCCUGGACCUUCCCUACUUGUGCUCUUCUGUUAUGGGCAGCUCUUGCCAUGGCUCAGGGCCAAGGUGGGGUCGGGACCCGAAGGAGCAUGGGACCAGGCCAGGGGACCAGGCCGGGGCAGGCCCCUGCCAGGACAGCACGAUGCCCAUCUCCUUCUCCACAGAUGAGCUCUACAGCGAGACCGUGGCAAAGGCCUUCCUGCAGUUUUACGAGCGUACAGCCCAGGUUGUGUGGAACCAGUUCAUGGAGGCGACCUGGAACUAUGUCACCAACAUCACCAAUAAAAAUCGAGAGGAGAUGCUGCGCAAGGACGUGGAGCGGUCCCAGCACACGCUGUACUUUGGCACCCGGGCCCGCCUGUUUAAGAUCGACGACUUCCAGGACCCGGACGUGAAGCGCAUGCUGAGUAAGCUGCAGAACCUAUACAAGGCGGCCCUGCCCGAGGACGAGCUCCGGGAGUACAACCAGAUUCUGGCCUACAUGGAGACCACGUACAGCAUGGCCCAGGUGUGCCUGAACGAGGGGCCCUGCCUGCCCCUGGAACCUGACCUCGAGGAAGUCAUGGCCACCUCCCGGGACCAGAAGGAGCUGCUGUGGGCCUGGCAGGGCUGGCGGGAUGCUGUGGGGCGCCAGCUCCGCAUGACCUUCGAGCGCUACGUUCAGCUCAGCAACAAGGCUGCGGAGCUCAAUGGUUAUGAAGACAUGGGGGCCAUGUGGCGAUCCGCGUACGAGUCCGACACGCUGGAGCAGGACGUGGAGCAGCUUUACGAGGAGCUGCAGCCGCUCUACCUGAACCUGCACGCCUACGUGCGCCGGGGGCUCUACCGCUUCUACGGGCCCCAGCUCAUCGACCCAAGGGGGCCCAUCCCUGCCCACAUCCUGGGGAACAUGUGGGCCCAGUCCUGGGUCAGCAUCCUAGACCUGGUCCUGCCCUUCCCAGAGAAGCCCCCCGAGGACAUCACGAAGAUCAUGAAAGGCCAGCACUGGAAGCCGGAGAAAAUGUUCCAAGAGGCUGAAAAGUUCUUCACCUCCCUGGGGCUGCUUUCCACCCCUCCUGAGUUCUGGAAAAACUCCAUGAUGGAAAGGCCAACAGACGGGCGGGAGGUGGAGUGCCACGCAUCGGCCUGGGACUUCUACAACGGCGAGGACUUCAGGAUAAAGAAGUGCACCGAGGUGACCAUAGAAGACCUGCUCUCCAUCUUCCACCAGAUGGGCCAUAUCCAGUACUUCCUGCAGUAUAAGAACCUCUCUGUGAUCUUCCGCGCAGGCGCCAACCCAGCCUUUGAAGAGGCCGUGGGGUCGGUGAUCACCCUCUCGGCCUCGUCCCACAAGCACCUGCUCAACAGAGGCCUGCUCAGCCACCAGCACCAGGACGAAGGUGCCGGGGACCAAGAGGACGCUAGGAGGGCAGCCCGGGCCUGGGGCUGCAGCUGGGGCUCUCCGGGCAGGGCGGAAGGGAGGGGACCCGGCAGCCGCCUCCUGACGGGCCCACCUUGCCCAGAGGAGGAGGUCAAUUUCCUGAUGAGCAUGGCCCUGGAGAAGAUCGCCUUCAUCCCCUUCGCUUACCUCGUGGACCGGUUUCGCUGGAAGGUCUUUGACGGCACCAUCCGGAAGGCCGUCUACAACCAGGAGUGGUGGAACCUCAGGCUGAAGUACCAGGGCCUGUGCCCCCCUGUCCCUCGGACAGAGGAUGACUUUGAUCCAGGCGCCAAGUUCCACAUCUCUGCCAGCAUGCCCUACAUACGGUACUUCCUCAGCCUCAUGCUCCAGUUCCAGAUCCACGAGGCACUCUGCAAGGCCUCGGGCCACGUGGGACCCCUGCACCGCUGUGACAUCUAUAACUCGAAGAAGGCUGGGAAGCUCCUGGCGGAUGUCCUAAAGCUGGGCUCCAGCAAGCCCUGGCCAGAGGUCCUGCAGAAGAUAACCGGGGAGACCAAGGUGUCUACAAAGGCCCUCAUGACCUACUUCAAGCCCCUGCUGAACUGGCUGGUCACUGAGAAUGUCCGGCAUGGGGAGAUCCUGGGCUGGCCAGACUUCAGCUGUUCCUUGGAACAAUCCUUUGACAAAGAAACAGACAGGGCAGCAUUCCUGGGUCUGGAGCUGAACCCUGACCAGGCCAAAUCCGGGCAGUGGGUGUUGCUGGCCCUGAGCUUUGUCAUGUUACUCAUGGUCCUGCUGCUGGCCUACAAAGUGUACACCCUGGAAAAAAAGUCACUGGCCCAAGAUACCAGCGCACAGGACACCAGUGUACAGGACACCAGUACACGGGACAACAGUGUACACGUGCCACCACCCAAAGCCUACUUCCUGGGCACAGCCAUGGAGCCCCACCAAGUUGUCAGAAGACAGUGGAUGCUGCUGGGCCUCUGUCUCAUCCUGAUGCUGUGCUCAGUUGGCCUGAUCAUUCGGAUUUUCACGCAGCACAGCUGGAAGCCUCCGUGGAUGAGAGAUGAAUGGUGGAGCUGGGACUAAGACACUGCGUGACUGCCAGCCUGCCCCCCUCACACUCAGGGACAGCCAGGACAACUCUGCCCCCCAGGAGGCCACACUUGCUGCCCUCCCAUCCCCCAGCCACAGUGGCCAAUGAGGCCUCCAUCAGGCAUUGUGGCUCUGCGUGGCAAAGGCACAUCCAGCCCAGGACUCCAAGCCUCUCACCUGGACUCCAGCAAAAACCUCUCUGAGCCUCCUUGUCCAACCUCCCUCCCCCACCCGCCACUGUAGUUCCUUUCACUGGAAUGUUUCUUUCAUGUCUAACUGCUUAAGAACGUGGUUGUCCAUCAAUUAAAUCUAGAUGUUCAAAAUGGCAUCGGAGGAUCUUUAUCGAUUCCCCUUUUCUCCCACCUCACCCUUCCCAACCCUCAGCUCAGCCCCCUGCACUGAUUCUGCCAUCGGCCUUUGCCUCAGAUGCCUGUCCCAUUUGAAUGCUUGCCCUCCAAGGCCUGGCUCAAAACUGGCCAUCGGACCCUCUGCAAAGCUCCAAGCCCACCAAUAUGCUUAGUAAACAGUGGCCUCCUUUUCUCCCUCCUCUCCAAGAAGCCUCUUUCAAUAAACCCAUCCCCAUCCCCAUCUGCUUCUUCUAGUGUAUUCAUUUUCAAUCAGUACUCAGACACUUUUAUCAGUGGUCACUUGCUAAUAGGCGGUUUUAAAUCUGUUCUCCUUCCAAGUGCUGCCUGUGUGCUAAGAGCUCUCAGGCCUCUAAAGGAAGCCCCUCACUGCAUACUUUGUGUAGGUAAUGUGGACUACUACCCAACCCUCCCAGGACCAGGUCCUGGGUGCACUUGCCAUUAAGAGUUCUGCAUGAGCACUGGGGUUCAGCUGGAGGGCACUUCGUAAGGAUGGGCAAGAGGUCUAACCACAGCACUGCCGGAAUCCAACCCAGGAAUGAGAUCUGCAAAGAAACCUUCAGAAGACCCCUUGGGGCUUCUGACAACCCUCUUUGCGCACCCCCCACCCCUGCCUGAAAGAGUCUGGCAACUGAACGCCUGGUAACGUUCAGAUUCCCCUCUGGUUCCGAGAGGGGCUGAGGUCACACUGGUCUUCGGGACAGAGCAGAAGCGCCUCAGAGAAGCUCUGCCAAUUCCUGGCGCGCAACUC